CACGCACACACACAUUACCCACAUGCACACGGCAGCAGCACCAACAGCCCCUGCCAGCAGCCUGCAAUCGCUGGAGCGCCCCGCUCCUCCGCCUCUCCUCCUCCUCCUCCUCCUCCUCCUCUUCCUUCUCCUCCUUCUCCUCCUCCUCCUCCUCCUCCUCCUCGCUGCCCACCGGCCUGCGGCACCCCUCCGCGGCCUCCGGCCCCACCAGCGCACAGACAAUGACUUCAUGCGGAUUAUGCAUCUGAAGAAAUCACCAGCUCCCAGAUAGCCACAGGGGGAGGUAUCCAUGUGUUUGGCAGGGAAGCAGCCUCCUGCUCGCCUUCCUUCUCCCCCUCUUUUCUCCUCGCACCCAUCAGCUGCCUCCUCUCCGCCGAUGGUCGCCUCCGGUCCCCCCGCGCGGCGCUGAGCGAGGCCCCGGCGCAUCCCUGCUCCCACGCUUGCACCAAGGUACCGCCGAGGCUAUUUUUAUUCCCCCCCCCCCCCCUUUUUUUCUUUUCCGGUUCGCCCGCCGCUGCCGGGCUCGGUGCUGCUGCUCGCACCCUCCGUGCCUGCGCCUCUCCCGCUCCCGUCUCCCCAGCCAGCAGCGAGCGGUGGAAGGAGCCGUGGUGGAGGCUUGUCCCAGCCCCGGCACCUGCGUCGCAGCGGCAGCCACGGAGCAGAUCCAGCCCAGCUCCGGCCCCGGCCGCCAGCCCUGACUCCAGAGUGGCAACCCCAGGGUGCCGGCGCGGACCAUGAUGGACCUGAAAGUGGACGAGGAAGAGGUGGACAGCGGGCAGCCGGUGAGCAUCCAGGCCUUCGCCAGCAGCUCCACCCUCCACGGGCUCUCGCACAUCUUCUCGUACGAGCGGCUGUCACUGAAGCGCGUGGUCUGGGCGCUGUGCUUCCUGGGCUCGCUGGCGCUUCUCGCCCUCGUCUGCACCAACCGCAUCCAGUACUACUUCCUCUACCCGCACGUCACCAAGCUGGACGAGGUGGCCGCCACCAGGCUCACCUUCCCCGCCGUCACCUUCUGCAACCUCAACGAGUUUCGCUUCAGCCGGGUGACCAAGAACGACCUGUACCAUGCCGGCGAGCUCCUCGCCCUGCUCAAUAACAGAUACGAGAUCCCGGACACCCAGACGGCCGACGAGAAGCAGCUGGAAAUCCUGCAGGACAAGGCGAACUUCCGAAACUUCAAGCCCAAACCUUUCAACAUGCUGGAGUUUUAUGACCGGGCUGGCCACGACAUCCGGGAGAUGUUGCUGUCCUGCUUCUUCCGCGGGGAGCAGUGCACCCCCGAAGACUUCAAAGUGGUCUUCACGCGCUACGGGAAGUGCUACACCUUCAACGCGGGGCAGGACGGGAAGCCCCGGCUCAUCACCAUGAAGGGGGGCACCGGCAACGGCCUGGAGAUCAUGCUGGACAUUCAGCAGGAUGAGUACCUGCCGGUGUGGGGGGAAACAGACGAGACCUCGUUCGAAGCCGGGAUCAAGGUGCAGAUCCACAGCCAGGACGAGCCCCCGCUGAUCGACCAGCUGGGCUUCGGGGUGGCACCCGGCUUCCAGACCUUCGUGUCCUGCCAGGAGCAGCGGGUAGGGGCUGGGGGUGCCAGGAUGCUUCCUCCCACCCUCUGGGCUAGACCUGGGUCGCUGAGCCUCCUCCCUGGGCUUCUCUUCUCACUCCUGGCUUCUCCCCUGUCCCAGCUCAUCUACCUGCCACCUCCCUGGGGCGACUGCAAGGCCGUGGCAGGCGACUCGGAGUUUUACGACACCUACAGCAUCACCGCCUGCCGCAUCGACUGCGAGACCCGCUACCUGGUGGAGAACUGCAACUGCCGCAUGGUGCACAUGCCGGGCGAUGCCCCUUACUGCACCCCGGAGCAGUACAAGGAGUGCGCAGACCCGGCCUUAGAUUUCCUGGUGGAGAAGGACAAUGAGUACUGCGUCUGCGAGAUGCCCUGCAACGUGACCCGCUAUGGCAAAGAGCUCUCCAUGGUGAAAAUCCCCAGCAAGGCCUCUGCCAAGUACCUGGCCAAGAAGUACAACAAGUCGGAGCAGUACAUCGGGGAGAACAUCCUGGUGCUGGACAUCUUCUUCGAAGCCUUGAACUAUGAGACGAUCGAGCAGAAGAAGGCGUACGAGGUGGCCGGCCUGCUGGGUGACAUUGGAGGGCAGAUGGGGCUCUUCAUCGGGGCCAGCAUCCUCACUGUGCUGGAGCUGUUUGACUACGCCUAUGAGGUGAUAAAGCACCGGCUGUGCCGGCGGGGCAAGUGCCGCAAGAACCACAAGAGGAACAACACGGACAAGGGCGUCGCGCUGAGCAUGGACGACGUGAAACGCCACAAUCCCUGUGAAAGCAUACGGGGCCACCCGGCAGGCAUGACGUACGCAGCAAAUAUCCUACCUCAUCACCCGGCCCGGGGCACUUUUGAGGACUUCACCUGCUAACUGACGUCUGGAUGUACAACCUGAGCUACCAAAGCCCUCCGGAGAGCUGCCCUUCUCCCUGCGAGCGCCAGCGGAGAGACACACCAAGGGGACCUUGCUCCUCGCCACAGUGGGACAUGGACAAGAGCGACGGCCUCGGAUUUCGGGGCAGGCGGUCGGGUCGGGCCACGCUCGAACCUGGCAUGCAGCCUCCGCGGCAGCUGCUCCGUGCCUGCCCCGCUAGCUCAGAGACUCGAGGACGCUCCAGCCCAGCCAUCCUCGCGGCGUGGGGAGCGACACGCACAGCGGGCUGGGGCACGGGCCUUCCCCGUCUCCUCCCCUUCGGCUCCCCUCAGCCUUUUUAACUAGAAACCCAGAAGCCAAGAAGAAGCAGCCAUUCGGCCGCACAGUCUCCAUCCACAGCCCUGUCCGUCUGUCCAUCCAUCGUCUCCAUGCCCAUUUUGCUCCCACGCCUCGGCCGGCGCUCGCUGGGGGCCCUGUGCCCGGCGGGAGGGAUCGCCGCGGAGCCCUGCAGCGUGUCCAGCGGGCACGGCCACGGGUUCAUCGGCCCCAGCAGAGCCUUGCUGCCCCCUGGGACCACGGUGGCCCACAGCCCACCCUCACCAUGGCCCUGUCUGGGCACCCCCGGCUGUUCCACGUGCACAAAGAUGGGGCAGCUCCACCUCUCCAAAACGUCUUCCUCGGCCACCUGCCCUGGGGACAGCGGUGCCCGGCCGCUGAGCUCGCCGGUGGCUGCAAGCGCCGUGGAGGACCCAGCCUGGGGGUGACACCUUGGCAUCGAAGACCCCGCUGCUCAGUCGCUCUGCCUCGGCUGUGUCAUGGGGAGGUCUCCCUGCCUGUGUCUCCUGGGCUUUGCCCCGCAGUCCCUUGUGUCCCCAGGGAACCUGGAGCUACCCCGCGCGGCCCCAAAAACAGCCAUCCCUGGGGAGAAAGGCGUAAGGAAAGCUCCUGGCCUCCGGUUCGGCUGCAGCCACUGGCCUGGCUCAGCAAGGGGCACAAGGCAGAGCCCCUCAGCCCCGCUUCAGCCAGGCGGGCGGAGGAGCCCCAACACCAAAAGGGUUUGGAGGUUUAAGGGACGCCCCACGGCACAGGGUGCUCUGCUCCGCGGGACCCCAGGUUCCCACCCUGCCCUGAUAGCAACCCCCCCCCCCCCCGGGGACCACGAGCCCCGGGCACUUUUGGGGCGCCUGCCAGCUCGCCGCCGGGGACCCCCGCUGCUCCUCCUGUCACUGCCCCUUCCCAGCAGUGGGGGCCGGCCGGCCGGCUCUGGCCAAGUCUCCGCUCCCCAGGCCCGCGAGCGCACGGCCACUUGGCUCCAGGGUCAGUGGCAAUCAGCCUCCCCCAGCCCCUGCCAGCCCCCAGGCCCCUCGCAUCAAGCAAAAGCCCUCCCAGGGCUGAAGUGCUACUUAUCUUUAAGAGCUUUUGCAAUAAGUCUUUUUAGUAAUUAUUAUUUCGACGGUGUGCUUUUGUUCUUCUUAUUGUCACUAUUAUUAUUUGCUUCCUGACCAAACUUAGGAACUGGGGGGCAGUCCUUUGUUAUCCAGCGAUCACCCAAAGAUGACAGGUCGGCCGCAUCCAUAAAUUUUCUUAUGGAUUUUUCCUAAUGUUUCAUUUCAUGUCAUUUAUUUAUUUUCUUUCCUUCUCUCCCACUAAAGCUUUUAAAGAUGGGGCUGGGGUUUGACCUUGAUGCUCGCCUGUUGAAGCAUACACUUUUUUUGUUUGUUUCUAUUAUGCCAUCUGCAUUUUAUAUUUCUUAUAUAUAAUAUAUAUGACUAUAUAUAUAUGUGUACAUAUAUAUAUAUAUAUCUAUAUAUGCAUCAUAUCAGUGUAGAUACCCAUCCCGUAGCAUUUAGGCCUUGUUCUUGUGCCAUUUUUUUUUCUGUUACUGAUCUCUGAAUGCCUUCAAGUGUAUAAAGUGUUGAAUUCUCUCUGGUAUCUGUACUAUGUACACACAUUUUCAUAGGAAGCACAAUAAGAUGACAGAUGCAUUGUACAUCAAUACCUGCUACUCUUAACGAUGAUAUAAAGAAUGAUAUAACUCA